AUGAGCUCUCAAACACACACGCUCGCUAGAGAUGAUCACGUGAAUCUAUCAGUAUACGCCCCACUCCCCGCUCAAGUAUCCCAUGCCCUUCAAUCCUUAGACUUAUACACGGACGCUGUCUCCUCUUUCCUCGACCACGCUUCAGGCUUCGCAUACCUACUCACUCAACGCGAAUGCUUCGUUUGGAACUACGCAAAGCGCGCUCUAUUCAGCCCCACAGCUUACGUCUUCCCUUGUCCAUCUCCCAUCCACUCGUCUUAUUCGUCCAAUUCCUCUCUACCUGCUGCUAUUCUCACUUGUCCAGCAACCUCCCGCGAGCCUGGUCUCCUUCUAAUCUCCCCUAACGGUAUUUACCGAUUCUGGGAACACGUCGGUAUGGCCCUCUCUGGCGUUGAUAGGUUUAUAGAGGGCCAACUCAACGAUCUCGCUCAGUCUGAGUCUGUUACUGGCCUAUUUGAGUCUGAUCCUUCACAUUACAUCCUCACCACCUCCUUUACAAACCUCAAACAUAUCAUUCUCGCCCCUUCACAAGGUAGACUAUAUCCCAUCGUUAGACCCUUCCCUCCGACACGAGGUGUCUUUGCAAGACUCUUCUCCUCCGCCGCUUACUCAACAUCUCAACAAUUCUCUGCACUUGCACUCUCAAAACCCGAUCAAUUCGGUUCGAGAGACCUCUUUGCUCUUGGUGAGCGUUCCGUGCAAGUUUGGUCAAUUGGCUAUGCCUCUGCUGCUGCGUCUUCAUCAAAUGCUUCUAAAUUCAUCGGCCAGUACAACAUUCGCGAUUCUAUAGCUGAUCAUUUGAUACCGGGUACUGGUCUCGAUGUGCACACUUGCAAAUUAUCUGUAUCUAUACUAGAUGCUGCCGUUACAAAUGACAGCAAAUUAGCUGUCCUUGUCUCUUACGUUGCACCAACUAAUAACAAUGAUGAUGGUGACAAGGACAAGGUUCAAUCAUACGCUCUUUGUUUGCUCAUACACACCCAGGAUCCAACCCAGCCAUGGAGUGUCGAUAACAUGAUAAAUCUCAAUUACCAAGCCAUUAUUGAUCCACGUCCCUACUCCACUCCAAAGCUAAUCGUUCAUCAAGGCGGUCCUGCCUUCUUUGUUGUCUUCUCAGAUGCCAUUCUCAUAUCAACUCUAAACGACAAUCUAAAAUACUCAAUGUUGUUACCACUCCAAUACCCCCUCAACAACAAAUUUAUCGGUUAUGGCCACGCAUCAAUUGAAUCCAAUACCGCUUCCAUUUUCUCACUCGCUGUGAAUGGCGGUAUAAUCUCUAUUAAGAUGGAUCUAGAUAGGCUGGAGUCAGACUCGAAAAAUCAGGUCGAUCCUGCUGCCAGACUAACAGCAACGUUAAAGAGCAGACUCGAACAAGCAAUUUUCUACGGCGAUAGAGAACACAACCCAAUCUCAUUUGCCAUUCCUAAUGCAUACAUUGAAGGUGAUUUGCAAGAGGCUACCAAGUCUGUCAGUAGGGAUAUUUUAUCCAGCAGAUCUGCCAACAUGCCCGUUAUCCUCGAUUUAAGAGCCCAGAUCUACGAUCGCUCAAUCAGGUGCCACAAACUUAUUCAAUACAUUAGUGAAAAUGGCUUGCUUGGUAGGUUGGCCCCAAGUACCCGUAGACAACUCUGCGAUGAUGCUGAGAAGCUGGUUGCUGCGAAUGAGUUGUGGCUACAUGAGAAUACUGAGGAUUCCGGUACAGAAAGUCUUUUAUCGACGUCAGUGGAAGCGUACAUGAACGGUGCCGAUCUGAAAGAGGAUAUCGUGCGCAUGUUUUUAAAAAAGAAGGUCAAAGAUAUCGGUGUGCUCAUCGAAAAAAUGAGCGGGCUAGUUAGCGACUACAUGGAAUCAAAUCCAGGUAUAGAGAAGAAAUCGCAACUGAUACUGGAAUCAAACCGUUACAUUCUCGCCACACUCUCACCUUCGUUCAAAUUCCGUCAACAGCAGAGUGAGAUAUACGGCUUAGAUGCAUCUGCACGAGGUUUUGAGUCGUGGAUGGCCAAGACUAAGAUGCUACACGUCUUGGAGAUGACUUAUGAGCGCACAAGGAAGCUGCUACGCGACAGAACGCGUGAGUUGGGAUCUAGCAUCGAUGAUAACCCUACCGAUUACGAGAAUGCCCCAUCAACGAAAGCGACACAGAAACUAAUUGGUAGACAGAGUGAACAGGAAGAGUUGCGUCAACAGCUCUGCUCUAUUGCUGAACUUACAAUAGAGUCGUACGAGGAUCGCAUCGACUAUCUCAAGGCUUGGUCUAAAACGGAGAAAGAAUUAGCAGUCUUAUCGGAUAAAUUUAAUCGCACUCUCCGCCCUAACCUCAUACACCCCCUCGUAACUAUAGAUAAGGCUGACUUUGCUUUCGAUCUCGCUGAAAGACAUGGUGCGUUUAGGAUUCUCACAGAGUUGUGCACUGCAAGUGUAGGCAGUAUUGAUCGUAUCAAGUAUUACCUCGAUACAUAUCAGGAAGAAUUCGGGUUUGAAUUGUAUAAGUGGUACGUAGAAAAUGGUAAAUUGUGGACACUAUUUCAACAUGAACUUCCUUAUGGCGAUUUGCUUUACAAGUUCUUCAAACAGAGUAAUAACGGACGCUUUGCGUGGAUGCAUGACUUGUCGUCAGGGCGUUACAUAGAUGCUAGCCAGACGCUGAUAGACGAGUCGUCAAGGGAAUCCGAAUUGGCACCGAAGCACCUCUUACUCAGUCUGGGUAAAUUGUCUCAUAUCGCCAACGUUGAUAUCGAUACUUUCGAAAGCACAAAAACACAGCAAGAGGUUGAAGCUACCGAUGAUAAACUCGACUUGAUCAGUAUGCACGGUAAACUACUUGAUUCGUUCCAAACACAGCUCCUUCAAGCUGGAGAAAGCAGCGAACGGAUGGAACUAGACGACAAGGUGGCCAAAAUCACUGAACUUGUAGCGUCUAGGUUGGAUUUAUCGGGGUUGAUUAGUCAUCUCCACAAUCUUAUCAGGGGAUUACUCACAGGGAAGGCGCUGGAUGCUGAAGAUUUGGUCGACCUGCUCACACUCAAGGACAACUUCUAUGAGCAGGUCGGGGAUUAUGCUUCGGCGAUUGAUGUAUGUGUGAGAGCGAAGGAUGUACCUGAUAAACGCGCACACGCUUCACUCAAAUCAAUUUGGAGAAGAGUCUACCUACGCGAUGACUGGGUCACGCUGAGUAGUACGAUGGGUAUGAACGAUAACCAACUCGGUGAGAAUCUCCGCCAAUCUGCUCUGUAUGCUACCAUCCAACUUGCAUCUGAAAAUGAUCACCCUGAAGCACUAUUCCUCACUCCUAAAAAAUCACUCAACAAGCUCACAGAUAAAGACUUGCUGGCUCGUUUCCCAGCUAUGUCGCAGGAGGAGGUUGCGUCUAUAUUGCACGAUCUUCAAGAAGAAAAUUCACGACUCGAAACUUUAAUUAGAGAUUAUAACCUCGAAAACUGGUACAAUGAAGUGUUGAGAAUACAUUCUGAGGACUAUCCAAAGGAAGCAGCCGAGACACAAGAGCAGGAGCAGGCACAGGAGCAAGAAAUGGACGAGUCGUAG